AUGAAGAACAACUAUACCCUGGACAGUGAUGUCCUCACCACAGAGCAAAGGCAGUUCUAUGAAGACAGUGGGUAUCUGCUCAUUAGGAAGCUCGUUUCUGAUAAAGACAUUGAGCACUUCAGGAAGGAGUUUGUGAGGAUCUGUAACAAGGAGGUCAGUCCACCAGGAGUUCUGAUAAUGAGAGAUGAGAUCUGCAGACCCAACUUCAUUUGGUCUGAAAAAACAGUUAAUGAAGUGCAUGAUUUCUGGGAAGAUGAAGAGUUGUUCAGAUACUGUACUCUGCCAGAGAGUCCACUGAUCAAAUUUUUCCAUGAGCUGCUGGUUUACGAUGAGAAGAGUCCCUGUGUUCACAUUGUCAUGGAUAUGAGAGACACGGUGUUCUUCCAUCCUCUGUUUAUUCAUGGCUCUGGAGCAAACAAGGCAUCAGGUUUCUGAAAGAGUAUAAGCUGUGACUUUGCCAGCUCGGAGUGCUACUACAUUAACAUUAAGAACACAAUCCAAGAGCACCUGCAGAAAGAAGUGAUUGAAUUUGGACAUGCAAAAUAUAAAGUGACUCCUGCCUCAGACCUUAUGGUAAUCUUAAAUCAUGACCUUAUCUUGUAA